CAGGACUCAUCGUUUCACCUGCAGUUCAACCCAGUUCCAUCGAUCUUUACAGAAAGCUGAAAGCUAGGGUUUUAAAGCUCGCUUCUUUGAAAAUCCUAGAAGAAAAAAAAAGAAACCAGAAAUCUUCAUUCAUGGCGGAAUCGAGUUCGUCUGCAGCAGCCGAUCUUGGCCAGUCUUCAUCAGAACCGAAAGGAACUAAGAGGGAUUUUAGCACCGCAAUCUUGGAACGUAAAAAAGCCGCCAAUCGUCUGAUUGUUGAUGAAGCUCUCAACGAUGACAAUUCUGUUGUUUCUAUGAACCCUGCAACGAUGGAUAAGCUCCAGUUUUUCCGUGGAGAUACAAUUUUAAUUAAGGGAAAGAAGCGGAAGGACACGGUGUGCAUUGUUCUUGUUGAUGAACAAUGUGAAGAGCCCAAAAUUAGAAUGAACAAAGUUGUUCGUGCUAAUCUUAGGGUACGCCUUGGUGAUGUGGUCUCUGUGCACCAAUGUCCUGAUGUGAAGUAUGGGAAGCGUGUUCACAUCCUUCCUAUUGAUGAUACGAUUGAGGGAGUCACUGGCAACCUGUUUGAUGCUUAUUUAAAGCCAUAUUUCUUGGAAUCUUAUCGACCUGUUAGAAAGGGUGACCUUUUCCUUGUGAGGGGAGGCAUGCGGAGUGUUGAAUUUAAAGUCAUCGAGACGGAUCCUGGUGAGUACUGCGUUGUUGCACCUGAUACAGAGAUCUUUUGUGAGGGUGAGCCCGUCAAACGUGAAGAUGAGGAGAGAUUGAAUGAAGUUGGCUAUGAUGAUGUUGGUGGAGUCAGAAAGCAAAUGGCUCAAAUUCGUGAGCUGGUAGAACUUCCUCUUAGGCACCCACAGCUUUUCAAGUCCAUUGGUGUGAAACCCCCCAAGGGUAUCUUGCUCUAUGGGCCACCAGGUUCAGGGAAAACCCUUAUUGCCAGGGCUGUUGCUAAUGAGACUGGUGCAUUCUUCUUCUUGAUUAAUGGACCUGAGAUAAUGUCAAAGUUGGCUGGAGAAAGUGAAAGUAACUUAAGGAAGGCUUUCGAGGAGGCCGAAAAGAACGCACCUUCUAUCAUAUUUAUUGAUGAGUUAGAUUCUAUCGCCCCAAAGAGAGAAAAGACACAUGGAGAAGUUGAGAGGCGUAUUGUAUCCCAACUUCUUACUUUGAUGGAUGGUCUUAAAUCCCGUGCUCACGUUAUUGUCAUUGGAGCUACCAAUAGGCCGAACAGCAUUGACGCAGCUCUGAGGAGAUUUGGAAGGUUCGAUCGUGAGAUUGACAUUGGUGUUCCUGAUGAGGUUGGGAGAUUGGAAGUCCUCCGAAUCCACACAAAGAAUAUGAAGCUUGCAGAAGAUGUUGACUUGGAAAGAGUGGCAAAAGAUACGCAUGGUUAUGUCGGUGCAGAUCUUGCUGCUCUUUGCACAGAGGCUGCCCUUCAGUGCAUCAGGGAGAAGAUGGACGUUAUUGACUUGGAAGAUGAGACAAUUGAUGCUGAGGUUCUCAAUUCCAUGGCUGUGACAAAUGAACAUUUCCAGACUGCACUGGGUUCUUCAAAUCCGUCAGCACUACGUGAAACGGUUGUGGAGGUGCCCAAUGUCUCAUGGGAGGAUAUCGGUGGGUUGGAAAAUGUCAAAAGAGAGCUCCAGGAGACUGUGCAAUACCCAGUUGAGCAUCCUGAGAAGUUUGAGAAAUUUGGCAUGUCUCCAUCUAAAGGCGUCCUCUUCUAUGGGCCUCCUGGUUGCGGUAAGACCCUCCUUGCCAAGGCUAUUGCGAACGAAUGCCAGGCUAAUUUCAUAAGCGUCAAGGGACCUGAAUUGCUGACAAUGUGGUUUGGAGAAAGUGAGGCUAAUGUCAGAGAGAUAUUUGAUAAGGCCCGCCAAUCGGCUCCAUGCGUGCUCUUCUUUGAUGAACUGGAUUCAAUUGCAACCCAGCGUGGAAGCUCUGUUGGAGAUGCUGGUGGUGCAGCUGACAGGGUUUUGAAUCAGCUACUGACAGAAAUGGAUGGCAUGAAUGCAAAGAAGACAGUUUUCAUUAUCGGAGCAACAAAUAGGCCUGACAUUAUUGACCCAGCCCUGCUGAGGCCAGGUCGUUUGGAUCAGUUGAUUUACAUACCCCUACCAGACGAGGCUUCCCGUUUUCAAAUAUUCAAAUCAUGCUUGCGGAAGUCGCCCGUCUCGAAGGAUGUUGAUCUUUCGGCCCUAGCACGAUAUACUCACGGUUUCAGCGGAGCGGAUAUUACUGAAAUUUCUCAACGUGCUUGCAAAUACGCAAUCAGAGAAGAUAUCGAGAAAGACAUUGAGAGGGAUCGGAAAAGGAGAGAGAAUCCUGAGGCAAUGGAAGAGGACGACGCCGACGAGGUCCCAGAGAUCAAGGCCGCCCAUUUUGAGGAGUCCAUGAAGUUUGCCCGCCGGAGUGUCAGCGAUGCUGACAUCAGAAAGUACCAGCUGUUUGCCCAGACACUGCAGCAGUCCCGUGGGUUUGGGUCUGAGUUCCGUUUCCCGGACCGCACGGACAAUGCACCCACCGCUGGGGCAGGCUCAGACCCCUUUGCGUCUGCUGCCGCCACUGCUGACGAUGAUGACCUGUAUAACUGAGCCGCCACUGCCGACGAUGAUGACCUGUAUAACUGAAACCGUAAUGCACCUGGCUUUCUUUUGGCAGGGAAAACAAUUCACGACUCUUGCCUCUCAGGUUCCCAUGCAUUCCCAUCAACAUAUUCGUGCUUAUUAGAAAUAUGUAUUUAUUUGUUUUUUGGAUUUUUUCAA